GGUAUUUACAGACGCGGUCUCUGUGUGAGUGCGCGUCCGCGCAAUGUGUGUGUCAGUGUGUGUAUAUAUGAGAAAAAGACAUUCACCUUUUACACCAAGCCAGCAGAGGACUAGUUCAAAACUCACAGCUCUCCAGAUUCUAAACCCCGAGACAAUGGAGUACACUGGAAACAAAAAGAUUCUGCCUAAUCCAGUCUUGCUGCAAGAUGAGGAAUUAUAUAAGUAUCUACUAGAUACUAGUGUGUACCCGAGAGAACCAGAGCCACUCAAGGAGCUGAGGCAAGCUACUGCAAAACUCCCCAAUGCUUGCUUUGGUACUUCACCUGAUGCAGGUCAGUUAAUGGCCAUGCUCUUGAAACUUGGGAAUGCAAAAAAGACAAUUGAAGUUGGAGUUUUUACUGGCUACUCUCUUCUCCUUACCGCUCUCGCAAUUCCUCAUGAUGGCAAGAUCAUGGCCAUAGAUAGAGAUCGCACAACAUACGAAAUAGGCCUCCCAAUCAUACAAAAAGCUGGAGUGGAACACAAAAUCGACUACAUUGAAUCACCAGCUCUGCCUGUUCUUGACAAUCUCUUGGGGGAGCCAAAGAAUGAGGCUGAUUUUGACUUUGCGUUUGUUGACGCUGAUAAAGGAAAUUAUUGGAAUUAUCAUGAGAGGCUGAUGAAGUUGGUGAAGAUCGGAGGGAUUGUUGUAUAUGAUAACACGCUGUGGGGAGGGACAGUGGCUAAGCCUGAAGAGGUUGUUCCAGAAAACAAAAGGGAGUUGAGGCGUCAUGCGGUUGAGUUUAACAAGUUAGUUUCAGCUGACCCUCGAGUUGAAAUAUCUCAUGCUUCUAUAGGUGAUGGGAUCAUCAUCUGCAGACGCAUUUGCUAGGUUUCUUUCAUCUUCUAUGAGUGAAUAAGUGCAGGUUUAUAGCUUCAAUAAUUGAGCACUUGAGAGAGUGCUAAUAACUGUUGGAUGUUGAUCUAUUGUCUCUGUCUUUAGUUAUUUGAGAUUGUAAGUAACUGAACCUAGUUUUUCUUAUUGAAACUACUCGGUGUUGAAUAA